AUGAUGCCUCCCUCACGCCUGGCUGGGACUCUGAUCCCAGCCAUGGCCUUCCUCUCCUGCCUGAGGCCCGAAAGCUGGGAGCCCUGCGUGGAGGUGGUUCCUAACAGUACUUACCAAUGCGUGGACCUGAAUCUCUACAAAAUCCCUGGUAACAUCCCUUCCUCAACCAAGAACCUGGACCUGAGCUUUAACCCCCUGAAGCGCUUAGGCAGCCAUAGCUUCGCCAACUUCACAGAACUGCAAGUGCUGGAUUUAUCCAGGUGUGAAAUUCAUAUGAUUGAAGAUGAUGCAUAUCAGGGCCUUAACCACCUCUCCACCUUGGUAUUGACGGGGAACCCCAUCCAGAGUUUAGCCUCGGGAGCCUUUUCUGGACUAUCAAGUUUGCAGAGGCUGGUGGUUGUGGAGAUAAACUUAGCCACUCUAGAGAACUUCCCCAUCGGACAUCUCAAAACCUUGAAAGAGCUUAAUGUGGCUCACAAUCUUAUCCAUUCUUUCAAGCUACCCAAAUAUUUUUCUAACUUGCCCAUCCUGGAGCACUUGGACCUUUCUAAAAACAGGAUUCAAAAUAUUUAUCGUAAAGACUUGCAGGUUCUACAUGAAAUGCCCCUACUCAACCUCUCUUUAGACCUGUCCCUGAACCCAAUAGACUUUAUCCAACCUGGUGCUUUUAAGGAAAUUAAGCUUCAUGCACUGACUUUGAGAAGUAAUUUUAAUAGUACAAAUGUAAUGAAAAUUUGUAUUCAAGGUCUGGCUGGCUUAGAAGUCCAUCGGUUAGUUCUGGGAGAAUUUAAAAAUGAAAGGGAAGUGGAAGAUUUUGAAAAAUCUGCCCUGGAGGGACUGUGCAAUUUGAUCAUUAAAGAAUUCCGGUUAGCAUUCUUAGAUACAUCCCAGGAUAAUAUUAUUGACUUAUUUAAUUGUUUGGCAAAUGUUUCUGCCAUUUCUCUGGUGAGUCUGAAUUUUGACAGGCUAGAAGGCAUACCUAAAAAUUUCAGAUGGGAAUCUUUAGAAUUGGUUAAUUGUCAAUUGAAAAAGUUUCCCACUUUGGAGCACAUUUCUCUCAAAAGGUUUAUUUUCACUGCCAACAGAGGUGGGGACACCUUUGCAGAACUUCACCUACCAAAUCUUGAGAUUUUAGAUCUCAGUAGAAAUGGCUUGAGUUUCAAGGGUUGUUGUUCUUAUGCUGUUUUAAACACAGCCAAACUGAAGCAUUUAGAUCUGAGCUUCAAUGGUAUUAUUUCCAUGAGUUCAAAUUUCCUGGGCUUAGAACAACUAGAAUAUCUGGACUUCCGGCAUUCCACUUUGAAACAGAGCAGUGAUUUUCCAGUGUUUCUAUCACUCAACAACCUCGUUUACCUUGACAUUUCUUAUACGCACACUCGAGUUGUUUUCCACGGCAUCUUUGAUGGUUUAAUCAAUCUUCAAAUCUUGAAAAUGGCUGGCAAUUCUUUCCAGGACAACUUCCUUCCAAAUAUCUUCACAAAGCUGACUAACUUGACCUUCCUGGACCUCUCGGAGUGUCUACUGGAACAGGUGUCCCAGGGAGCAUUUGACUCACUCCCCAGACUGCAGUUACUAAAUAUGAGUCACAACAACCUCUUGUCAUUGGAUAUACGUCCUUAUAAACAUCUGUACUCCCUCCGGGUCCUGGAUUGCAGUUUCAAUCGCAUAGUGGCUUCCAAAGGACAAGAACCACAGCAUCUUCCGCAUAGUCUAGCUCUCUUAAAUCUUACUGAGAAUAACUUUGCUUGUGCCUGUGAACACCAGAGCUUUCUGCAGUGGGUCAAAGACCAGAGGCAGCUCUUGGUGGAAGUUGAACAAAUGGUAUGUUCGACACCUUCGGAUAUGAAGGACAUGCCUGUGCUGGCUUUUAGGAAUGCCACCUGUCACAUGAGCAAGACCAUUAUUAGUGUGUCAGUGCUCAGUGUGCUUGUGGUAUCUGUUGUAGUAGCUCUAGUCUAUAAGUUCUAUUUUCACCUGAUGCUUCUUGCAGGCUGCAAAAAGUACAGUAGAGGGGAAAGCAUCUAUGAUGCCUUUGUUAUUUACUCGAGUCAGGAUGAGGACUGGGUGAGGAAUGAGCUCGUAAAAAAUUUAGAAGAAGGGGUGCCCCCCUUUCAUCUCUGCCUUCACUACAGAGACUUUAUUCCAGGUGUGGCCAUCGCCGCCAACAUCAUCCAGGAAGGUUUCCACAAAAGCCGGAAGGUUAUUGUCGUCGUGUCCCAGCACUUCAUACAGAGCCGCUGGUGUAUCUUUGAGUAUGAGAUUGCUCAGACCUGGCAGUUCCUGAGCAGUCGCUCUGGCAUCAUCUUCAUUGUUCUGCAGAAAGUGGAAAAGUCCCUGCUGCGGCAGCAGGUGGAGCUGUAUCGUCUUCUCAGCAGGAACACUUACCUGGAGUGGGAGGACAAUGUACUGUGGCGGCCCAUCUUCUGGAGACGACUGAGAAAAGCUCUGUUGGAUGGUAAAGCAAGGAGUCCAGAAGGAAAAGUGGAUUCAGAAAACAGCCAGUAAGAAGCAACAACUUCCCCCUGAGGAGGAAAAAGCUGUGCGGUGCUUCUUGUCCAACUGGACCCAACACUUGUUCAUUUAACAAGUAUUAAAUGCUGCACUGCACCAGGCAUUAUGC